UCGGGAGAAACGGCCCUCUUUUAAAGUUCCUCGGGGAAGAGUGGAGCGACCCGGUCAAACCGCGGGAGAAGGGCCAGGAUUCAACCCAGAGGAGAAAUAUUCACACGGUUUCCAUCCCGGGGAGGAUCGGUGUUGAAGGUGCGUCCCAGAGAAGCGAGGACUUGACAGCCCGAGAACGUCAGAAAAUACAGAAAAUGGCGGAGCCGGACAAAUUAAACAUCGACUCUAUAAUUCAGCGUCUGUUGGAAGUGAAAGGCUCUCGGCCGGGGAAGAACGUCCAGCUGACGGAGAACGAGAUCCGCGGCCUUUGCCUCAAGUCCCGUGAAAUCUUCCUGAGCCAGCCCAUCCUGCUGGAGCUGGAGGCGCCGCUCAAAAUCUGUGGCGAUGUGCACGGCCAGUACUACGACCUGCUGCGGCUCUUCGAGUACGGAGGCUUCCCUCCGGAAAGCAACUACCUGUUCCUGGGAGACUACGUGGACCGAGGGAAGCAGUCGCUGGAGACCAUCUGCCUGCUCCUCGCCUACAAGAUCAAAUACCCCGAGAACUUUUUCCUGCUGCGCGGCAACCAUGAAUGCGCCUCUAUUAAUCGAAUCUACGGCUUUUAUGAUGAGUGUAAGCGAAGGUAUAACAUUAAGUUGUGGAAGACCUUCACAGACUGCUUUAACUGUUUACCUGUGGCUGCUAUUGUAGACGAGAAAAUCUUCUGUUGUCAUGGAGGCCUGUCCCCGGACCUGCAGUCCAUGGAGCAGAUCCGCAGAGUAAUGCGGCCCACAGACGUGCCUGACCAGGGCCUGCUGUGCGACCUGCUGUGGGCCGACCCGGACAAAGACGUGCUGGGCUGGGGCGAGAACGACCGCGGCGUCUCCUUCACCUUCGGCGCCGACGUGGUGGCCAAAUUUUUGCACAAACACGACAUGGACCUAAUAUGCAGGGCGCACCAGGUGGUGGAGGACGGCUACGAGUUCUUCGCUAAAAGGCAGCUCGUCACUCUGUUCUCCGCCCCCAACUACUGCGGCGAGUUCGACAACGCCGGCGCCAUGAUGAGCGUGGACGAGACUCUCAUGUGCUCCUUCCAGAUUCUGAAGCCAGCAGAUAAGAAAUUGUAUCCGUACGGCGGCGGGGCGGGGAUGGGAUCGGGGAGGCCGGUCACCCCUCCCAGAAAUUCAGCCAAGGCCGGCAAGGCCAAGAAAUAACACCCGCUGGGUCGUUCCCCUCCCCUCCUCCCCCCUCUGACCCCUGACCCCUGACCUCUGCCCUCUACCUCCCAAACUUGUUUCUCCCUCGUCACCAAACGGCAACAAAGAAAAACAAGUGUCCAGGGUUCAAUCACGUUUCUUCUCUUCUAAAGCGAUUUUUAACUGUUCGGCUCGCCGCGUGGCUUUUUUUUCUCUUUGUUUUUUUUUUUUUUUUUUUUUUUUAAUAUGUGCGAGUGUGUUUAAUAAAAGAGCCAGACUGAUGCAGGGCCGCCGCCGCCGUGUUCUGUAUGUCUGCUUUUUUCUUCUUCCUCCUGUUCUGUUUUUUUUUUUCUUCUUCUUUCGUUUUUGUAGGGAUGGGCUCUGGCCAUCUGUUAUGUAAGAAGAGGAGGAGAGAGAGAGAAGGGGAGAGAGAGAGAGAGAGAGAGAGAGAGAGAGAGGAGCCUUAGCUGUUUAUGUUAAAGCUCAGCACUGUUUAAUGCUAAACACAAGCUUUUGUACAUUUUGUUUCCGAGGUCUGUGUCUGCGAGGGGGGAGGGGGGAGGGGGGGUCGCACGGUAUAACCACACACACACACACACACACACACACACACACACACACGUGCGCACUGGGUGCACAGCUGGACACGUGUGCAGGUGAAUCUCUGAAAUGGAUAAACGUUAAGAUUACUUCUUCUUUUUUUUUUUUUUUUAAUCGAGAUCACAGUCAUGGAUGUGAAAUGUUUUUUUUUUUUUCUUGUAGAUACAUUAAAGUGAUGGUUUUGUAAAAAAAACAAUAAAACAAAACCCUCGUUUCUGUCAAAGUUGGGACAUUUGAAAGGAAUCCGAUCUCUUCGUCUUCAGUUCCCGGUUUUUAUAUUAGACUUGGAUGCUUUCACUGAUCGGCCUUCUUCGGAGCUUUCAGGUUGACUCAAAACGUUGCGGCAGGAGAAAUAAAUUCAACAGAUUCUACUUGAUUUUGCACUUUCAGCAAUAAGUUUAGUUCUCUCUAAAAAAAAAAAAGUUUUCGCUCCGGCAGCAUCACUUCACACCGUCAAGUCAUCACGUUUCAGUCUUAACGGUGCGGUGGAGGAUCAGCUGAUUCCGCUCCUCGGUGCUUCAGACUCGUGGAAAUCCGCCGCGCCGCCGCUAUAAAUAUAACCCCGAAAACCCGUCUGCGCCUAACCUCGUUUCAGUUAACCCAAAUGCCGGCGGAGUCCGCCUCGCUGUUUUUUUGGGUUAGCCAGCCUCGACGGAGACGUCGGGGGCCGUUCAGACCGCCACCGGUGCAACAUCUGGAAAUGUGGCGGCGAGCGGCGGCACCAAUCAGGACGCUCCAUUUCAGAUCAGAACCUCGAAGCAGCUCGGCGCGUCUGUUCGACUUCCUCUGACAGAAGUCAUCAGUGAAAGCAGGAGUUCAUUCUUCAGCGGAAUACCGUUGGAAAAUGUCCCAACGCUCACAGAAAGUGUUUCUUCUUCUUCUCUGACUUGUUUUUAGUUCGCUGAAUGAUGAAGCUGAAUAAAAUGACCAUGUAUUUGAAGGACGCCGUCAUGCUGGCCGCUUUGUGUUUCUGCCAUUUGCUUUUUUUUUUUUUCCCUUCAUCCCCGUGUUCCGACCUUCACCCAGCCGGAGAGACCAGGUCAACUUAGCCAAAGACGGUUCGAGGGAGUUUACCAAACUGAUUCUUCCUCCUGUCCAGGAGAUUUCCAACGAUUGCCAAAACGAACUAACUCUCGUGUGGAUAACAUACCGCAGAAAGAGGCUCCAUCUUUUUUUAAUUUUUUUGUGCAGUUUAAUUGAUUUAAAAAGAAAAAAAAAUUAAUUAUUGAAACAAAUGAAGCUGAAUUAACCUUAGAAGUGCUUCAGUGGAGUCCAGAAGUAACCGAGUGGGUUCAUUUGAAUGUAAAACCCACGUUAAAUAGAGGCGUGUGCAGCUAAAACUGACGACAUGGAUUAAAAAAAAAAAAAAAAGAACUUCAGUGAAAAUGUGAAAUCGGAGGUUUCAGAACCAGGAA